CCAUCUCUUUCACUUUCGAUUUACAUUUCCUGCUUCUUACAAAGUUGUUUUGCAAGAAUCUGCGGUAGUCUACGAUCGCCUGCAGUACUUGGAGUAUGUUGAAGUGGACAACAAAUAUCCUGUUCGGUCAGACCUGCUGAAAACACUUUAGCAAACAGCACACAAAAUGGAUUUCCAGAGGCUCCUUUUAGAAGUAGGGAAGGCCCUGGGUAAGGAGGAGGUAAAAGCUUUAGCCUUUCUUUGCACUGACCUCCUGAGCCGAAACCCGACCUCAGUGGAGUCAGCCAGCGGCCUCUUCUCUCGUCUGGCGGAUCAAGACCACCUCUCUGCUGAGCGACCACACCUGGUGUAUGAGCUUCUCCUCAUCAUCCAACGCCCCCGCCUGGUCCGUCACCUCGGGAUCGACUACCAAGCAUCUACAACCAACAGCCUUAUCUCCCCUUACAGGAAGCUGAUGUACAACCUGUCUGAGGGGAUCACUGAUGACGACUUGGAAAGUGUGAAGUUCUUGUUAAAAAACGAUCUUCCACGUAGAAAACUGGAGGACAAUGUUUCUGCACUGGAGGUCUUCCUGGAGAUGGAGCACAUGGACCUCAUCAGUGACACUAAUCUAAAUUUACUGGAGACCGUCAUUCACUCAGUCUCUCCCAUCUUGAAGGACAUGAUCAACCACUUUAAAGCACUACAGGUAACCCACACCAGCCCUGUAGCUGAAGAAACAGGUCGACAAAGGUCUAUGUCGAACCCUUUUGGACCAAACCAGGUUUCUCAAUCUUUGAAUGAGAGCAAUGCCUCAUGUGAAAUGCCAGAAGACUUAAGAUCAUCGGAUGAGUCAGCCACAAAUUCUUCAAACACCUCUAUGGAUUUUCCAAAUGUUCAUGAUGGAGAAGGACGUGAGGCCCCGUCGCAUGGACUGAGUGGUUUAAGCUCUGAAACAGUCAGCAAUUACUCCUUAAAAGAUGAUGAUGCGAUUGAAAUGUUGCUGUCUCCAGAAAACAAGGCCUCCUCUGAAAAGCCAUUUUCUCAGACUACAAACACCAACAUUGAGGUUUUGGAAACAUAUCCCAUGACAGCAGCAAAGAGAGGUUUCUGCUUGAUAGUGAACAACUACAAAUUUAACCAAUCCAAACAAAGUCUCCCGACUCGGGAAGGCACCAAUCUUGAUGAGGACUGUCUGCAGAAAGUGUUUAAGUGGCUUGGCUUUGAGGUAGAGAUAGAGAAAGACUGUGACAGUGAACAGAUGCUGUCCAGGCUCCGGGAACUCGGCAGCAGAAACCACAGUCAGAUGGAUUGUCUGGUAUGCUGCGUCCUCAGCCACGGCAAGGAGGGAAGUGUACACGGUGUGGACGGCGACACCGUCAAGAUUAAGGAGCUGAUGGAACCUGUCAAUGGAUCAAAGUGCGCCUCUUUGGCAAAAAAACCCAAGCUGUUUUUCAUCCAGGCCUGCCAGGGCACCAGUGCGCAGAGUGCUGUCCACAUCGAGGCCGAUGGUCCUGAACGCAGUUCUGAUUGCAGCAAUGCAAGUAAAUCUGAUGAAUCCAUCCCAUCUGAUGCAGAUUUCCUGCUGGGAAUGUCCACCGUUCCUUCUUUCGUCUCUUACAGAGAUAGGAAAUAUGGCACAUGGUAUAUUCAGAUAUUAUGCCAAAACCUUGUCCAGAUGGUGCCACGAGGUUGUGACCUUGUGUCUAUCCUGACCAAAGUAAAUGCAGAUGUUAGCCAGAAGACAGAUCCCACCGGUGUAAUGAAGCAGAUGCCUCAACCAGCCUUCACACUCACGAAGAAGAUUGUCUUUCCGAUCCCCAAAGCCCCUCCUCCCAGCCUGUAGCACCGACGACAAAAAUCUGCCGCCUGUUUGAUCGACUCCUCAGAUGAGCCCUUAGACUAAAGUGCUUUUUCUUAAAUGUACUGUUCACAAUUUUAAAUCUGCUGGAUACAUUGUUAGAAAGAAUUAUCCAACUGUGUUUUAAAAGUAUUUCCACAACAACACCUGAGAGAGAGCUCCGUUUGCUAAUGAAGACCAUGAGAUGAAUUUACAGUUAAUGAAGGAGACCAAUUUAACACAAUGUUUUACUUUUUCUACCUGGUAUGAUCCACACAGAAUACACUAAAGGUUAACUAUCUUCCUCUAUUUACAGCAUUGUAUUUUUAUAUCAUAUAAAAUGUUGAACUGUAAUGAAUUAUUUGAGCCAAUCAUGCACAUGGAUCCAGGAAUAAAUGCAACAUCCAGCUCUUUA